AUGAAGUCAUUAAAAACAUCAUUGAAAUGGCAACGAGACAAUGAAACGAAGAGCAAAAAAAUAUCGAACACUAAAGUUGAAUUCAUUCAUCUUCUUGAUAGCUACGAUGAAGAGAACAGAAAUCUUCUAAUUCUCACAAUUCCAUCAAAUACUAUGAAGAUCGAUUGUGAGUCUGGAAUUUCUUGCUUCCUUGUUCGAAUGACAUGA